ACUUUCCCCGGCGAUCUGUCGAUGGUGAACCAAGGCGUCAACCGGACGCUCGGUGCGCAUGUGCACUUUCACUUUCCCACACUUGCCCUUGGCCUGGGCAGGGAAGCGCUGACCGAGUGAUACAUUGUUGCCGCCGCCGCCGAAACUGAUACAUUGUUGCCGCCGAAACUGAUACAUUCCCCCGGCCCGUGAAAUUGACACGUGAAACUGACACAUUGUAUCCAGUUGCUUGUUGGCCGGGGCGCCGCCCGCCCGCGGCAACAUGGGCAGUUGCAGCAAGCAAAAAGUUUAUCAAAACUUCCUGGACUUUUACCAAAAAGCGCUCGCCUCGGGCACCCUGUCGCCUUGCACCGGGGAGGAGCAGGUGCGCCUGGGCAGGCACUUCCUCAAUUCCGUGCCCAGCUCGGGCCACCGCUUCCAGUCCCUGGAUUUCUACCGCCUCGCCCGGGAGUUUAUUGGAGCCAAGGACGGUCAGGAUCCGGGGGAGGAUGGUUUUCGGGGCCUGAGCAAAGCCUUCGAGCUGCUGGAGAUGCUAGCCAUCAACUUGUACCUGUGGCCCUGGCGGAAGGAGAUCAAGUCGAUCAAGACUUUCACUGGAGCCUUUGUGUACUUCAUCCAACCUGUCUUCCCUCCCAGUGUUCUUCAGGAGAUCUUGGAAAAGUUGGGCUAUGUUCAGAAAGGAACCAGCGAAUACGUGAUGUCAAGGCAGGUCAACGAGGAGGAAAUUGGUCAGCUUGGGUUUGAGUUCUUCUUGGCCAGGGCGGAGUGCGAGCUGAUGCAGGAGAUGCUGGGCCAGACACAAGGCAGGUGUGAGGAUGUAGUCCAGCUAAGGUGCCGUCAGCCUGUGAGACAGGCCGACUGUGGGAAACACUUGAACACUGGCUCUGCCCGGUCCGGAAGGUUUGGUGAGGGGACCAUCUUGGGGAGCAAGAGGUGCUCAAAGUCAGAUCUGCUUUCUGGUGAAGACCCUGCCCAGCCCCAAUUCCCUGACACCCCCUUGCCCCUCACUGAGACCAAUGCCGACGGGACCUUUGGGCUGCAGGCAGGACCGUGCACAGACAAAACCGCUGACGCCACAAGUGACCCGCUGUCGUCGUCCAGGAGACUGCCACCGGACAGCAUCGACCUGUACAACGACUACAGUGAUGCAGUCAUCAGAGAUGAUGGCAGAUACCCACCAGGUCUGACCGAUUCCUUGGGUCCAGGAGGGUUGGAGCAGUGCAAUUCACUUCUGGUUCUGGAUAAUUCACUGGUGGAAAAUGCCCAUGCAGAAUCUCUCGGAAAACUCUCCCCAGGACAAACUGGGCCCCUGUCCCUGAGUCUCUACUCCAGCUCCAUUCUCAUUGACCACCGUCCGGAUGGGAAGCAUCCCAAUCCAAUUCUGGUGGCGAACUCUCCAGAUGGUAAGCACCCGAGGAACAAGCACAGCGACGCCCUGGACCAGAAAGGCCUGCCGAAACCAGAAGCUACCAAACAGGAGUAUCCAGAGGACAAAAUCUCUGGUAAAAGCUUUCAGACCAAGUCCUUGCUGACGUACGGCGGAUUCACGGGUGGCGGCGCAAGCAGUCAGAAAAAGGAUUACGUCUCCACUGUGGAAAUAGAGCUCAAGAACAUGGAGUUUGAGAAACUGCCCUUUCCCACCGCGGAGACCACAGGAGCAGCAUUGUUCCAUCAGGCGGAUCACUUUGGUGCCUCGGAGUCACAGGGCUCAGGACUGAGUGCCCCGGAACAGCUGGGAACCAGGGGGCAGUGGCUGGACCAGCAGACCCAGCAGUUACGGGCCUGUCAACUCCGUGGCGUGUCAGACUGCUGCCUGUGCUCGCCGGUGGAAAUCCUCGCCGGGCAACCCCUGUUGGACGGGACCGAGUUCAGGGACAGCUCGACCCAGGAGAGCGGGGGCAACGUUGUCCGCGAGCCGCCCCAGUCCUUCUACAUCCCGCCUGGCAGCCUGGAGAGCCAGCCCCUCUCCGCCAGCUCCUGUGACGUCUGCCACUCCCCUGUCUGCCCCAACUGCAGCUCCACCUUCACAGCGGGUCACUGCCAGAGGCUCUCCAAGGACUGCCUGCAGAUCCAGGAGCUGGUGAUCGGAAGCGGCUCCGACACCUACCUCUACGUGAGCAAGCUGCCGGGCCAGGAGGUGGACAGCAAGGGGAGAUCCACCAGAUGCAACCGAUGCAAGGAAGACGGUGGCCUUUAGGAGCUGGGCUCCCGUUGGCAGCUUGCCCCGUGAUUCAGCCAAUCAGACUUGGAGGACCUCAGGAUGAGUCAGGUCCGCUAAUCUUACCCGGCUUGUUUGCAGAUGUGUACCACAUCCCCGCCCUGCACCCCAGGUGUCAGAACAGUAAACCACCCAGGGCUUCUGCUUCUGCUCCCUAGCAGAGUGAGCGCUCUUUUGAAAAUGCUUGCACGUGAAGAUUGGUAUUCUGCCCUCCACUCUUGCCCAGGUCUCUGGGUCAGGGCCAAGGGCACUUUGCAGUGCUGGCAAGAACCAGGGGAGGAGGGGUGGAUAUCCAACGCUGACUUCCCAUGCGGGUGUGAAGCCAAUUACUGCCAAAUGCAGACUGUACUUCGAGCACAAUAGCCCAGGUUUGUCAUUGGUCCAGUGUGCCAGCCCUCGCAUUUUCUCAGAGGAAAAGCAGCACCCACGCUGAGGAAGGAUGAGUUGGGUGAACACGAGGGGACGUAAUUUUAAGGUGAUUGGAGGAAGGUAUAAGGGAGAUGUCAAAGGUAAGUUUUUUAACACAGAGAGUGGUGGGUGCGUGGAACGCACUGCCGGCAGAGGUUGUGGGGGCAGAUACAUUAGGGACAUUUAAGAGACUCUUAGAUAGGCACAUGAAUGAUAGAGAAAUGGGGGCUAUGUGGGAGGGAAGGGUCAGACAGAUCUUAGAGCAGGAUAAAAUGUCAGCACAACAUCAUGGGCCGAAGGGCCUGUACUGUGCUGUAGUGUUCUAUGUUCUAUAAAAAUGCAGUUGUGAUGAAGUGCAGAUGGUAAACCCUGCACAGGAUCUGUGUGUUCAUUGACCAUCCACAGUAGCCAGCAGGAGGUGUGCUGGUGAGCUGCCUUCUCCCUCCGCAGUUGUUCAUUACAGGAGACUUCCUCAAGUGGUCUCUAUUGGGGACAGUUAACAGUUGACCACAUAGAACACAGAACAGUACAGCACAGGAACAGGCCCUUCAGCCCAACAUGUCUGUGUUGACCAUAAUGUCAAUUCAAACUAAUCCCAAUUUGCUGCAAAUGAUCCACAUCCCUGCAUCCCCUGUAUGUCCAUGUGCCUGUCUAAACGCCUCUUACAUGCCACUAUCGUAUCUGCUUCCACCACCUCCCCUGGCAGUGUGUUCCAGACACCCACCACUCUCUGUAAACAAAAAAACUUACCCUGUACAUCUCCUUUAAACUUUCCUCCUCUCACCUUAAACCUAUGUCCUCUGGUAUUUAACAUUUCUACCCUGGGAAAAAGUCUCUGACCAUCUGCUCAAUCUAUGCCUCUCAUGAUUUUAUAAACUUCUGUCAGGUCUCCCCUCAGCCUCUGAUGUCCCAAAAAAAACAGUCCAAGUUGGUCCAACCUCUCCUUUUAGCUGGUACUCUCUAAUCCAGGCAGCAUCCUGGUGAACCUCUUCUGCACCCGCUCCAAAGCCUUCACACUCUUCCUGUAACGGGGCGACCAGAACUGCACACAAUACUCCAGUUGUGGCCUAACCAAAGUUUUAUACAGCUGCAACAUGACUUCCUGACUUUUAUGCUCAAUGCCUUGACUGCAUGCCUUACGCCUUCUUUACCAGCCUACCUACUUGUGUUGUCACUUAGGGAGCGGUGGACUUGCACCCCAAGAUUCCUCUGCACAUCAAUGCUCUUAAGGGUCCUGUCAUUCACUGUAUAUUCCCCCUUACAUUUGACCUCCCACAGCACCUCGCACUUGCCAGCUGCCAACAGAGUGGAGUUAUACACACCAACCUCUACCAGCCAAUCACAACAGUUUCCAUUAGGCAGUGGGAAACUUUGAUGGGUUUUUAUUGACAAUCUGUCAGCUUUGUGGUGACUUAUACUGGGCGCUUCCUGAUUCCUCUAUUGUACUUAAAAAACCAAAGUAAUAUUCUUAAACUGCAUGGGAUUUAAAUGUGUUCUGUGCACGGCAGCCCAGUAAUGGAACCAGCAGUGGUGGAGAGUGGGUUGCUAUUGACUCCUGAUCUCUUCCCGUAUAAACUAUGCCAUAAGGACAUGAGAAAUUGUAGCAGGUUGAAGCAAAGCUGUCCCCUUGGACUCUUGGCCAUUGUAUAACAUCCUGCUUGAAGCCUUGCCUGUUCCUCUAAUCCCUAGGUGCCCAAAUGUAUACUCACUCACUGAGCACCCACAACUCCCUGGGGAAUUCCAGGAAUCCACUAGCAUGAGGGAAUAAUUUCUCUUCAUCUCAGUUCAGACAUGAACAGUUGACUCAAGACUGCGUGCUAUCCCUGGCUGACAGCCUCUCAGCAGUGGCACGGACUAUCCCUCUCAGACCUGUAUGUCUCGGUGAGUCCACCUUGUAGACUUCUACCUCCUGGAGGGGCAGGCCAAACCUACUUGGGAUUUUCUUCCAAGGACAACUUCCUCAUCCCAGGAAUCUUCAACCACCCUGACCCUAUCAGCAGUACCUUAUUUUGCUGUUGUUUGGAUCUUUGGAAGCAAUUUCAUAGUUGACUUGCUCUUACUAGAAAUGUUAGUGGCAUUGCCCCUUUAAGGGAAAAUGGGGAGCAUUGUCCUUGCAAUGAUUUGAAUAGGGUCCCUGAUACUUGCUGGCCAAUGGUAUGAAGUAUGGCCAACUUGUUUUAGUGUGUGUUCCUUAAACAUAUAUUCAUGAGAAGACAUCAGAAUCCAUCUUUGGUUUAAGAUUAACACUAGCUGCUAGUUCUGUUCAAGUCCUGAUGAUUAAUUCUUUCAGAGUUCAUCAAAGCAUUUGCCUGGGAAUUAAAACAACUUACACUCAUUCACCACUCCAGACCAGAGACUGAUUUCCCUCCCCAUUGAAUCCUACAACAGAGGGGCAGCUGUUCAGCUAAAGCACGGUCCGGCUCAACGUUCCCACUCUCCGAUUCCUUUCCCACAGCCCCGCAGACCUUCUCCUUCAACAAGUUCCUGUCGAAUCUGCUUCCAUUGCCCUUUCAGGAAGUGUGACCCAAUCACAAAAACUCACUUCUGCCUAACACCCUUGGCUCCUCUACCGAAUAUCUGUUUCACUGCCCCUCCUGUCACUGGAAGCUGUUUCUCUUUAUCAAAACCCCUUCAUAAUGUUCAAGUCACAGAGUCAGACAUCACAGAAACAGACCCUUCAGCCCAUAGAGUCUGUGCCAGCCAUCAACCACCCACUUACACUAAUCCUACGUUAAUCCAAUUUUUAUUCUCCCCAUAUCAACUCCCCCCAAGUCCUACCCCCCACCAACACACGAGGCUUAAUUUACAGUGGCCAAUUACCCUACCAACCCACAUGGCAUGGUGGUCGGUGUAGUGUUCAGGAAAAAGAUUUUUUCGAUCCAGGAUUCCCAAAGCGCUCCAAUAGCCCUUCACACCUUCAACAUCUCCUCUGCAUCUCCACUCUUACUACUGCACAGAAAGCCAUUCAGCCCAUUAGGAUCAUACUGGCUCUCAUUAGUCCCAUCCCCUUUCCCCUGUGACUUAUUCUCUUUCGUGUGUCCAUCACCCCCCCCCAUUUUGUUAUUUUGCCACUUACCUCCAUUAAGGGGCUGUUUGCAGCAGCCAGUUUACCGAGCAGCAUGUCUUUGGGAUGUGGGAGGAAACUGGAGCACCCGGGGGAAACCCACACGGUUACAGGAAGAAUGUGCAAACUGCACACAGUGCCAGAGGUCAGGAUUGAACCCGCAUUCCAGACCUGUGAAGCAACAGUACUAACUGCCGUAUCACCACGCCAUUCACUUUGGACAUGUGCUUCCUCCCACACCGGUCCCAGUACUGGUGGAAGUUUUGCCAUCCCACUCCCACACUCUGUCUCACUCUUUCCCUAAAUGUUUAAUAGGAAGGUGUAAAGAUCCCACCACUAAUAUUCCAGGGAAAAUCCAGCGAAUUCUCCGCACCUUCCUGAGCCAAAUAUUUGGCUCCGAACUAACAUCAACAAAAGUCAGGUUCUCUGGUUCUUUAUCACAUUACUGCAUCUAGAAACUUGUGUAAUGUAAAUAGACUGUGUCCGAUGAUAACUAACCACCUGUUAACUGCUUAAUCAACUGUGAAGCACUUUGGGAUGUACCAAGGUUGUGAAAGGUGCUAUAGAAAUGGAUGUUCAUUCUUAUCUGGAGAUGCUGCAAUAUGCCAGUCUACAACUGCCACUCAGGCUGAAACUGAAGGGCAAUGAACACACACACACACACACACAAGCUCUGCUGUGUGAACAUGAUCCUUCCUGGGACCCAGGUGAUUCAGGGACACCUUUUAACAGCAGAUCUUCGGGACAAACCUCCAGUUAUGUAGGCUGCUGUUAUGCAGCACGAUAUACAGGCUGGUGUCUGGUUUCUCAAAAUGCAUGUGCCUACCUAUCUCCUGCUCUGCCCAGUUACCUGUGCUGAUCUUCUGACAUGCCCACCUGAAGCAUUUUAUUAAACUGGGGAUUAAAUUAAAUCGGUUUAUUACUGUCACAGGUACCAAGGUACAGUGAAAAACUUUGUUUUGCAUGCCAUCCAUACAGAUCAUUUCAUCACAUCAGUGCAUUGAGGUAGUACAAGGGAAAACAAUAACAGAAUGCAGAAUAUAGUGUUACAGUUACAGAGAAAGUGCAGUGCAGGCAGACAAUAAGAUGCAAGGUCAUAACGAGGUAGAUUGUGAGUCCAUUUUAUCAUACCGGGCGAACUGUUCAAUAGCCUUAUAACAGUGGGAUAGAAGCCAUCCAUGAGCCUGGUGGUUUGUGCUCUCAGGCUUUUGUAUCUUCUGCCUGAUGGGAGGGGGGAGGAGAGAGAAUGUCUAAGGUGGGUGAGGUCUUUGAUUAUGCCGGCUGCUUUACCGAGGCAGUGGGAAGUGUAGACAGAGUCCAUGGAGGGGAGGCUGGUUUCUGUGAUGUGCUGAGCUGUGUCCACAACUCUCUGCAGUUUCUUGUGUCAAUGUUUGUCUUUAAUCAUUGAGUAAACUUGCUGCACAGUUAAGUAGCAGCUUGUGUCAAUACACGAGGUGGAUGUGCACAUGUGCGAUGGGUGUCCACGUGUAAACCAACAUGGGAGGGAUUGAACUCUGCUGCAAUGCUCUGUACAUUUUUUAUGCUGCUUUAUUCAAAUAAUAAAAUAUCAGAAAGUGAGUCCCGCCUUCUGGGAGUGUUCCUGGAACUCAGACGGGCUGUUGGGGUGGUGAGGGGGCGGAGGUAGGAUCCAAGAGCACAGCCUCAGAAUAAAGGGACAUGCCUUUAGAACAGAGCUUAGGAGGAAUUUCUUCAGCCAGAGGGUGGUGAAUCUGGAAUUCGUUGCCACAGAGGGCUGUGGAGGCCAAGUCAUUGGGUGUAUUUAAGGCAGAGAUUGAGAGGUUCUUGAUGGGAUAAGGGUUAUGGGGAGAAUGGGGUUGAAAAAAAUAUCAGCCAUGGUCGAAUGGUGGACUAGUCUCGAUGGGCCAAAUGGCCUAAUUCUGCUCCUAUAUCUUAUGGUGAAGGAAUAGUGGAUGGGGGUGGUACAGGUGGA